AUGGAUGGUUCCGCCUCCCCCUCCGCCGCCGCCGAGACUGAUACGCGGGGAGGAGAAGCUCCGUCCAAAGCCAAGCGAGGCAACGCUGAGGAGAAAUAUCAACAUGGACAGCCGGUUUAUUUUCCAGAGGAGCUAGUGGACAAUUGGGUUUCUUUUUCUCGUCGUGGCUUGUAUUAUUGCUACAACAUCUCGUUGCGAGGGUCUUCCAACACAACUGCUGAUCCAACCGACAUAAUUUUAGCUGUCAAAUGUGACUUGGGAUCUGGCUUCCUUCCGCACUCUUUUAACUUGGGUGGUAUUGAAAUUACCAUUAAGUACCUGCACAAGAUCCAUCUGAAUCAAGAACAGGUAAUUUUUGCUAGAAGAUUCCAGACCACGGUUCUUUCUUUGCUCAUUAACAGUGACCAUUCGGAGGUCAGCGAUGCUAUAAAAUACUUCCAUGAACUGCAAGUAGAUGUGGGGGUAGUCUAUCUACUUCUGCCCACAGUGUAUGGCAAAAUUGAUUGGUGUGGUAUCGAGUUCUCAACUUCAUCAGUAUAUGAUGAUGUGACUGAUAAAAAUCUGAGACAUUGCCAUUCUUGUAAAGAUGCUGAUAUACUGCAGACAAUGGAUGACCCUUGCUGCAGGUGCAUACUUCAGAAUUCUGUUGUCUAUGCCCCUCAACCUGGGAGUGUUAAGUUGCCACCUGGACUCUGCAGAGUAGUCAUGGCACCAGUGUCGACAAAUACUUUGCUCAGCUUCUCAUUUAUUCCUUCCAUAAUGUACCGUAUCCAGUGUCUGCUUCUUUCUGCAAAGUUGAAAAUCCAGUUGGGCCCAAGAAUGCAACAGUUCAACAUAACAGCUAUGGAGAUUCUGGAAGCACUUACAACAAAGGAAUGCCAGGAGACUAUUUCACUGGAAUCAUUAGAAACACUUGGGGAUUCUUUCAUUAAGUAUGUUACAGGCCAAAAUCUUUUUAGCAAAUACAAACAUCGAGAGGACAGACUAACCUCUAUGAGGGAAGAAAAGGUCACCAACGCAGCUCUAUGUCAGCUAGCUUGCAAAAGCGAACUUGUGGGAUACAUUCGAGGUGAAUUGUUUAACCCAAAAAAAUGGACCAUUCCAGGGCUCGGCUAUGACACAUGUGGUAACAACGAAGUUUUCUUCCGAACAACCAAUAAUAUGUACAGUCUGAAGGAAGUAUCCAUAAAAAGCAAGAGAAUUGCUGAUACAGUUGAAGCCUUGACUGGGGCCUACCUCAGUGCUUGUGGUGAACUGGCAGCAGUUCAUUUCAUCAAAUCACUAGGAAUGGAUGUAGAACUGCAUAGUAAAAUGCAAGUUGAAAGGAUUAUUACAACAAAAUCUGAAGAAUUCAUUGACGUGAAAAGCUUGCAGACAAUCCUCGGUUAUGUGUUCAAUGACAGUUCACUGUUAAUAGAAGCAUUGACACAUAGUUCCUACAAUAUUUCUGGUAUUACAGCUUGCAAUGAGAGGCUUGAAUUUCUCGGAGAUGCUGUAUUGGACUACAUCUUAACUGAUUACUUUUACAGAGAAUGCUACUCCAAUUGUACACCAGCACUGUUGACAAAUCUACGAAAAGCUUCUGUGAACAACUGUUGCUAUGCACAUGCAGCUGUUAAAGCAGGGUUACACAAGCAUAUUCUUCAUUCCUCAUCAAAACAGAUGAUUAACGAUCUUGAGAAUUCAGGACGGUCAUUUUCAGGCCCAUCGCAUGGUUGUGUACCUGGCAUUGGUCUACCUGAGGAUCUCGCAGAUUUGUUUGAAGCAAUAGCUGGUGCAAUUUACGUCGACAGCAGGAAUGACAAGGAGGUUGUCUGGAGAGCCAUGAGACGGCUACUGGAACCUCUUGCCACCCCCAAGACCAUGGAGCCUGACCCAGUGUCGGAACUGAAGGAAUUAUGCGAGCGCAAAAGUUACCCUAAGCCAUCGUACUCUCCAACUCGUGACGAUGCAGCUGGAGUGACAAGGGUGGUUGCAAAGGUGAAGGCUAAGGGGACAGAGUACUCUGAGACUGGAAAAGGCCGCAACCAGGAGGUGGCGGAAGUUCUCGCUGCCAAGGCUCUGCUCAAGAAACUAAAGGCCGCAGCAAGAGGAUGA